CACAGACGAUGGCAUGCGUAGCUCAGCAACUCCAUGUUUUUUUUUCCCCCGUCCGCAGUUUUUUCUUUUUUUUCACUCUUUUCUCGGGGUCUGUUUCUCUAUAAAAGGUGCUGAAUGCUGAGGACAUAGUCAGUGGGAAUAAGAAAGCGCUGCAGUGUGUAGAGCUCCUCAAGCCUGCUGGAGUAAAGAGCUGAGAAGGAGGAUUUCAAACAGGACACAAGGCUCAAAUUCAAACAUCAGAGAAGAAAACCUGGAAUUCCUGUACGGAUAAACCAACUUGAUCACUCUCCAUCUAGAAUUUUGUGAGCCCUAUCUGUGCUCUACCACCACCAUCACCACCUCUACUAUCAUCAUCAUCAUCAUCUCCACCUCUAUCUCCACCGCCAUGUUCAGACUGCUGUAUCUCGUCCUGCUGCUAUCAGCCACCCAUUUGUCCUCCAGCCUCUUCCUGCCUGACUCUCCUGAGCUUCACCGACUCUUGAACCGCUUUGAGAAUGAGCUGGAGGCCAACGUCACAGCAUCAACAUCAGGCUCACGUGUACGCCGUGCCAUUCCCUGGUCAGAUCGUGAAGAGAUCCUUCUCCUGCAUAACAAACUGAGAGGUGGUGUCUAUCCAACUGCCUCUAACAUGGAAUACAUGAUAUGGGAUGAUGAACUGGAACGUUCUGCUACACACUGGGCUGAACAGUGUAUAUGGGAGCACGGACCCCAUGACCUGCUUAAGUCUAUUGGACAGAAUCUGGCAGUGCACUGGGGCAGGUACCGUUCCCCUGCCUACCAUGUCCAGGCCUGGUAUGAUGAGGUGAAGGACUACACGUACCCAUAUGCCCAUGAGUGCAACCCCUGGUGCCCUGAACGCUGCUCUGGACCAAUGUGUACUCACUACACACAGCUUGUCUGGGCCACCAGCAACCGUGUGGGUUGUGCUGUGCAUGUGUGUCCAAGCAUGAACGUGUGGGGGGAGACGUGGGAAAACGCUGUCUACCUUGUGUGCAACUACUCACCAAAGGGAAACUGGAUUGGGGAGGCGCCCUACCAGCAUGGACGUCCAUGUUCUCAGUGUCCUCCCAGCUACGGAGGAGUAUGCAAAGACAAUCUAUGCUACAAGGGAACCCCUCAACGCCCUGAGACUCCAGACAUGAAUGAGGUGGAGAAGCCUCAGGUUCCUGUGCAGGUGGAGAUUACUCAAUCCAAACCUGUUACCAGGAGUAAACCUAAACCUUCUACACCUAAAAUGUCAACAACACCUAAGAGCAAUCGCUUCCUGACUCAAAACAUCAAGUGUGAGACAAAGAUGAGGGAUAAGUGCAAAGGCGCAACCUGUAACAGGUUCAACUGCCCUGUUAACUGUUUAUACAGCAAUGCUAAAGUCUGGGGCACAAUGUACUAUGAUGUGCAAUCCAGUAUUUGCCGUGCUGCGAUACAUUACGGGGUUAUUGAUAAUAACGGAGGCCUGGUUGAGGUCACAAGGAAAGACAACGUCCCGUUUUUUGUUAAAGCCACAAAGAAUGGCAUUGAGUCUUUCAGCAAAUAUAAAAUUGCCAAUGCAUUUGUGGUAGCACAAGUGGAAGUAAAGUCAGUUGACUGCUACACCAGGGUGGCUGAUAUUUGCCCCAUCAGCAGCCACCAUUCCACCUGCCCAAGGGUUCAAUGCCCAGCCAGCUGUAAGACUCAACCUUCAUACUGGGCUCCAGUGAUUGGCAGUGGUGUCUAUGCUGACAGCUCUAGUAUCUGCCGUGCCGCUCUCCAUGCUGGUGUGAUCAAAGCUUCAGGAGGAUAUGUGGAUAUCUUGGCUAUGGAGAAGAAGAACAGCUACACAGGCAGCCUGAAGAAUGGCGUCCAGUCUGAAAGUAAAUCCCAGGCACAGGGCAGGGCAUUCCGUGUCUUCACCGUACGAGAGUGAUGUGAUGAUAGACAAAGGGUCUUUCAUACUUUUCAAAGAGGACAAACAGUCUUCUCAUCAGGACAAAAACAUUUGUCUACCAACUUUUUCUGGAAUUCUCUCUCAGUGUGAGAGUGAGGGGACUCACAUCACCUCCAUCGUCAUCUUCCAUUCAGAUCAUUCCCCAUAUCUUCUUAAUCUUUUUUAAAUGUUUUUUACACGCAUGUGGCUGAAAAGACGGUUUGCCAGCAGUGCUGGUUUUUUAAUAUAUAGUCAGUAAUUUUAUGAUAUUUUACAAAAAGAAUUUAAAUAUAUUGAUCACACUGUAUUUAAUCAACAUUUUUUUUGUACUUUCGUUGUGAUUUUAUUUUUGCUGCACUUUUCCACUCCUUGCUUGCAUUCUGGGUUUUUUUUCAUGACUCCGCUCAAUUUAUAUAGUGCAGGGUGGCAGGCGAGCAGGCAGCGGGGCUCAGCAUCUGGGGGAAAAGCACAUCACCGUUAGCUUUGUUCUUAUGGCCAGAGGAACCUUCGUGAACUGUGGGGAAGACAGAUUCUCUAUGUAAGAACUGGAAAGGAAGAAGGCAAAAAGGCAACACUCCAAAAAAAAGAGACCUUUCCUCUAGGCUUGUCUUAAAGCUUUCCAGAAUCAAUAACAUUUAAAAAGUUUCACCCAAGGUACAAAAACAAUGAAGAAGCCUUCGAGAAGUCAGUGGAGAAAAGUAAACACAAGCUCAUGUGAGCCGGAUAUCUGGCUUGGUAGCAUCCCAGCUAACAUUGAACUGUCCAUUCUGAUUGGUCGUAAGGUGUUGAUUUAUUUUCUAUUACAGCAGCUUUGACAGUAAUUACAGGUUUUGAUUAAUAUUAAUGUGCUUGCAAUAUUAUACUGUCUUAUCAUAUUACACCAGCUGUAAUGUUCAAUAUUUUAUUACAACCACAUGCCCCGAAGUAUCUGAUAUCAUAUAUAACAUCAAAUAAUGUAUCAUUAAAAUCAAAUCCUAAAAUGAAUCAACAAUAAAUUUCUGAUUACCUUACUACAAUUAAAAUACUUGUUGCAUUACCUUUGUUGAAAUGUUUGUAAAACAAUGUUUUAGAAAUCCUUCAAUAAACACUAUUUACACCUCAACUUUAAAUAACCAUAAAUAUUAUUCUUAGUCAAAAUGCUUUUAUUGAAAGCUUUAAAGUUUCUUUUGCAUCUGCCUGUGUAAAAAAACAUCUCUUUGGCCAAUAUGUCCAAAACACAGCGAAUGCCAUGAUUUGCUUAAGCUGUUGAAUAGCAAUGCACCUUAGAAAAUCAGAAAAAAAACCCCAAUCAUGUCAGUUUUUAAUCAAAUUCCUGCUUUCACAAUGCCCCCAAAAUUAUGUUUUUCCUACAUGAUAUUUAAAGAAAUGUAUUGAAAUACUUGGAAUUCAAAAGCAUACUGACUGCGAAACUGAUACUAAUAUAACAGAGCUUUUAGCUGGAUUUUGUUGCAAUCCAAAUUUAAGAUUUAAAAGUAGUUUAAAAGUAGAUACUUUUGUUCUCUAUGUUUCUUAUUUUGUUCUCUGUCUUCAUGUGCUACCUCAGUCCUUUGCUACAGCCCAAGUCUUAUGUGGGGUUUUUAAGUAUUUUGGGGGAAACUAUUUGUACAGAUUUUUAAACUGUGUAAAUAUUUUUUUUUUUUGAUUUAUGACUGUUUUUUUAAAAAUAGUUGUGGAUGCGAAGGUAUGUUUUCUAUGAAAGUAUGUUUUUAUGCUUUUGUAUCUUUUUUAUUAUUACUUUCUGUUUUGUUUUUUUUUUUUUUCAUUUUAAUGUUAAAAAACAUAAGUGGCAAAUUUAGAUUUCUUUGCAUAUAAUCUUUUGAUUUUUAAUGAAAAAGCUGCAUCAGAACCUUGUACAUUCAUUAAUGAAGCAACUCCAUGGGUUGUGUUGGAGUUGGAUUUGGGUGCUUAACUCCAGAUUAUUUUUUUUCACUUGGCAUCACUUGCCGCAAAUAGUGAAAGCUAUUUUUGCACAAAAUAAUAAAAAAAAAUACAAUAAAGUUUAA